CACUCAGCCCAGUAGCCUUCGAGCGGCAGUUGGGUGAACAACUAUCCAUCCGGCUGUGGUCGAUUUCCUGUCGAUUGGGUGCGUGGAAGGAUCCGGGCCCGUUAUGUUGUCAAAAUGGAAUAAGUUUCGUUGUCAGUGGCCAUUAAUUGAAUGCUCCAAAUGAAAAGGAGACACUGCAAUUCUCGUCUGUGCAAUGCAGGUUAACUUAACUGGAAAAUGUGACUCCUUCAGGAAUAGAAGGCUCAUAGGAAUGGCAAAGUGAACGAUCACACGCACCCAUCAUGCGAACAUAGUUUGUGUUAGAUAAGUGUGCAACUUGUUUUUGCUCAAAGGUAUUUGUUAAGCAGGAAAUUCCGAGCCUCGCUUUUAAAAUAAACGUUCUUGCAGGUGCCGUGGAAAGUGGUGAUCUCGAAAGAAAUAUUUGGCUCGAGAAAAGAGAAUUGGCGCAAAGUCUGGGCAGAUUUUUUUUGGAUUAAAAUACUUUUCCAGAAACGUCUCAUCAUUUCACAACACCUGGAAAACCCAACAUUAGAAUCACAGUGAAAGUUGCUCUGAGAAGGAAGGACACUUCUUGAGGAGUGAGAGAGAAGUCAUGGUGACACCCCUGGCCAACACUUUUCUCCUGGUUGUGCUCAUUUUUCCAACGGUAAGCUCUGGCCUCAGAAGUGAACGCCAAGUGGCCCUGGGUGACGCUGCAGCCAAUGUGACGGUCCCCGUUUCUCUUCCCUUCUAUGACGGGAUUGAUGCCCCACUCUUAGAUGACUGUCCCCGUGAUGAGGUGAAAUUAGCCAAUGGUCGCUGCUACCAGCUGUUGACUCAAGGCCCAUGCCUGCUUACCCAUUACAUAGUAUUGGAUCCGAUAACCAAAAAGGCUUACUGUGGACCACGGCUUUGCUCUCCAGACAGGAUAUUCGUUUUCAGCAAGCAACUCUGUUAUGAUCCAAGUGACCCCGAAAUUUGUUCAAAUGGACUGCAACUGUUCCAAACUGGGUAUGGAACCCCGGUUUGCCAGUGCCCUGAUGGUACUUACGAGGAUGAAGAUGAUGAUCAAGACGAGAGUGCCUGUGAAUCUUUGCUCACACCGAGUUCUUCAUGUCCCCCGGGCCAGGUUCUUUGGUUUCGAAACUUCAGUUCCCCCAGAGAAUGUGUUGCUGAUCCUUGUGAGGGACAAAACCUCAGGCGGGCUCCUGGGGAACACUUUCUGGUCCCGUCUGCCGUAGAUGGCCAAUGCUACCCUCUUGGACAGGGAGCAGGUGCCUGCCCAGAGGGAUCAUGGUUUACAUUAGACCUCAACACAUUGAAGGGAAUCUGCUCUAGUCUAGAGGAUGCUGGCUAUCUGGUGCUGAAUGAUGAGCUUUUGGCAGCACUGAUGCAGUUUUACGGUCCAACCAUUCCGAAAAGCUGGGAAAACAAUACCGCAGUUGAGAUGAACGGCCUGAUCACUCAGGGUCAUCCAGUGACAGUCCUUCAGAAUAUAUCAUUGGACACUGACUUUUCCCCAGAAAAAAACCAUGCACAGAUUCUGAAACAUCCGACGCUGAGACCAUUAAUUAACGCACAACAACCGACGUUUCACAAAAUGAUAACGACGGGUAGAUGGACGCAUGGACACCCACUACGUAGAACGCCUGUCAUAGAAAUAUAUCCCAGGACUAGGAUUGAAAUGUCCAAAGGAAAUCUAGUAACACAAUCAAGUGUUCAGGGAAGUUUACCAGGAAUCUUCAGUUUAAAAACUUCCCUGGACAUUGGCCUCCCAAUUGCAAGAAGAUUCAUACCCACUGAUGUUCACUUUGCAGAUGCCAUAACACAACUUCUAAUAGGAAUGCCACCUUCUCGAAAGAAAAGAGGGUCUGGUAGAAGACGAGAAUUAAGAGGCAGAAAGCAUCGUCGAAAUCCGAGAACUCCCCUGCCACACUUUGCUCCUGGUAAUCUGUUUGACACACGUCUUGUCUCCUGCAGACCUGGCUCCGAGAGAGACAUCAACGCCAAAUGCCGAGACACAAUUCUUCCAUCAAGAUCACUUUCAAGAAUGCCUUUGGGUGCAAGCGGUAUGAAUAGGCCAUCGCUUGCUGCCUCUCCCGUAACACCUAAACCAUCCUGUUCACAGGGCCAGAUAUACAGCAUCCAGCGCCUAUGUGUUAACGCCUCAGCUGCCGUCAACUCCAUUAACGCAAAUGAAAUCGGAUAAGGAUAAAUCUCCUGUCAUCGUUCUCUCUCUCUCUCUCUCUCUCUCUCUCUCUCACAUACAUUAUCUCUCUCUCUCUCUCUCUCUCGC